AGGCUGCAGGCACUUGACAUGGCGGCAGCAACGGCGACUGCAGCAAGCAAGGGGAAUGGGGGCGGCGGAGGCCGGGCUGGGGCAGGCGAAGCCAGCGGGGCGCGGAAGAAGAAGGGCCCGGGGCCUUUGGCCACGGCGUACCUGGUCAUCUAUAAUGUGGUGAUGACGGCUGGGUGGCUUGUUAUAGCAGUUGGCCUGGUCAGAGCAUACUUGGCUAAGGGUAGCUAUCAUAGCCUUUAUUAUUCCAUUGAAAAACCUUUGAAGUUCUUCCAAACUGGAGCCUUAUUGGAGAUUUUACAUUGUGCAAUAGGAAUUGUUCCAUCUUCUGUUGUCCUGACUUCUUUUCAAGUGAUGUCAAGAGUUUUUCUAAUAUGGGCAGUAACACACAGUGUCAAAGAGGUACAGAGUGAAGACAGUGUCCUUCUGUUUGUUAUUGCCUGGACAAUCACAGAAAUUAUCCGUUACUCCUUUUAUACAUUCAGCCUAUUAAACCAUCUGCCUUACCUCAUCAAAUGGGCCAGGUACACACUUUUCAUUGUGCUAUACCCAAUGGGAGUGUCAGGAGAAUUGCUCACAAUAUAUGCUGCUUUGCCUUUUGUCAGACAGGCUGGCCUGUACUCCAUCAGCUUACCUAACAAAUACAAUUUCUCCUUUGACUAUUAUGCAUUCCUAAUUCUGAUCAUGAUCUCCUACAUUCCAAUUUUUCCCCAGUUAUAUUUCCACAUGAUACACCAGAGAAGAAAGGUCCUUUCUCAUACUGAAGAACACAAGAAAUUUGAAUAGUUCCUGUUUCCUGAAUCCCUCCAAAAACAAACUUUUCAAUGACAAAAAAAUGCUGCAAACUUUUUGAGUUCCCAAUACGUUUCAUAGAAAAUAAGAACUAUUUUUAAAAUACUAAAUAAAGCAAAACAAAUACCAAAUCCAGUGUCACACAGGCCUGGGAUUUUAUAAAAUUUAAAACACACACACACAACAAAAAAAGAUGCUCUUACAUAAAACAUCCUGGCCAGUCCAUUAGGCAUGCUUUUUCAACCAGAAGUUCCCAGUAUUUAUUAUGGCACUAGAAAGGAAUUUGGCAUUUUCUACCCUUCUGUUUCCUUCAUGUAUCUGAUAAAUAAAGACCUGUAACAUUAAAUGCUGAGAGUUACAGUCUGAGCGAUGACACUGUACCUGCGGAACGCCCAGCUUGCAGUAGAGUUCCGUUUCAGUCUGUUGUGUGUGUAGCGUUCCCUUUCAAAGCGCUUGACUGCAUGCUGGAAAAUAUUUGUAUUUUUGAAGCAGCAAACAUUGUUCUCUGGAAUGCUCUGAGGUUAUGGCUAGGACCUUUCCCAUCAUAUCUAGUGAAUGAAAUAUACAGUUUUUGUGUUUGUGAAGCUUUCAGAUAAUACUCAUAAUCAGAAAACAACUAGAAUCCUUUUGUUUGUUUUCCGUUGAGUCAUUACUGCUUACCACUAAGAAACGUGCUUGAAUGUAAUAAGUAUGUGUACAUCAUAGAGAACGUACCUUAUCUGGGGCUCAGCCUCACUCAUAUUUUAACAAAAUGACAGUUCUCAGAAAGGGAAAGUUUCAUCGCUAGUAAAUGACAGGUACCUUUCAUAGUACCGUUCUCAGAAUCACUCUUGAGUAACGCAUUUGCCAAUCGCUAUUCUCAUUUAUGGAUCUAAAACCCACCUAGUCACAGGAGUAGAGAAUCUGUUAUUGAAACUCAUGGAAGGUGUUACUUUAGAAAUGAAGUCUGGAAGAACAUUCAGGAAUAGGUUUUUACACCCUUAUUAUUUUAUUUUUUAAUUUUCACAAAACUCUUCUGUUUGGCAAUUUUCCCUAAUCAUGGCCCUCUGCAAUCCCCACCAACUUGUAAGUCCAGAGGCAGUGAAAUGCCCUGGUUGGGCAGCUGAGCUAAAAGCAGGACCAUCCCAUGUGCUGGAGCAGCCAAGAAAUAUUUUGGUCAAAUGGACAUUGUCUAAUUAACAUCAUGUCUUUAUACCAUUCAGUUGCUCAACUGUGCAUUUAAAACUCUUCAAGAAAAGGUUGGUGAAAAUGUAAGGCUCAAGUUUAAAUGUGCAUUAGAUUUUAAACACAGGAUAUUCUUUGUGGAACAUUUUUGUCUUUUUUUUUUUCUACUUGGUUGAUCUUUAAAAUUUUAAUAGUCUAGCUUACAGAGUACUUAUUUAAAAUAUAAUUGCUAAUAUCAGAAGAGUGUCAUAAUGGAAAACUAAUUUUUUAAUUGCUUAUUUUCAUAGAGGCAUGAAAAUUAGUAUAAAAUGAGAAAAAAUAUGCAGACUAAAGUAUAAUGCAGGCAGUUGUAUAAUAAAUUAUUUUUGAAGUUGAACAUUAAAAUUCUGCUCCUUAAAGUCAGCAUUCAACUUGGGUGUGCUGAGAUUAGAAUCUGUUCUCGUACUUGAUAAAAUAUGUGGGAAAGAUUGUAUUUCAUGCUUUUCUCUUUUUACUCUCCAAAAUGUAUUUCUACUGUAAAAUGGAAUCAAUUUGGGUUAUAUUAGACUUAUUACUUAAUUUGGGUAAGAUUUUUUCAAUUGUUUUUGGAAUAGUUAGUAGACGAUGGGAUGAAAAAUGCAGGUUUUUCAAGAUUGCUGGAUUGGUUUUAUUCAGGCCUCUCUGUUAUAAUUUGUCACUAUUUACGAAAACACACUGUUGCAGACAGUGGUAUUGAAUCUAACUGAACUUUGGCAACAAGAACACAGCCAACAACUCCUUUCUCAAAAAGAGUCCCAACCCCAGUGUUAUUUUUGAACAUCAAACAUUGAAAAUGCUUAUGGCAGAUCAGUAAGACUUGCCAUCGUGUCCUUCAGUAACUGCUUCCUUUAGCUCCAACAUAAAUUGAUUUUUCCUUUGAAGUGGUGGCAUCCUUUUAUGAGCUGAGACCAUCAAACCCCACCAAAUGUCCCUCUGCUUAUAAAGUGUGAAUGAAGAGGUGGGGUUGGUGGUUAUUUUGUCAGACUGCAGGUUCAUUGCCGGGCACAGUCAUAGGCAUUGUCUGCCCAGCUGCGCCCCACUAGGCUGUUUCAGAGCCCCUCUCAGGGACCACCUUCUGGCAGGGAAUUCUGUGAAGUACGCAGUAGUGCUUUGUAGACACAGCUGCUAAUUUGCAUAUUGCUGUGUUCUGUUUGCUAAGGUUGGGAAUUUUCAUUUAACAUGAACUGCCUAUUAUCAAAGGCACCAUGGAGAGUUAGUCAUGGAAUAAAGCACCAUCCUCCCAGACAAGGUUCCUCUGAAGUGAACUUCCUACAGAAGAUGUAGCGUUAAAGAGGCAUGUGAACAGAUUCUGCCCUCAUUUCCAUUUGAGCUUUUAGUUAUUCAUCUAAUAAAAGGUUGGCAUUUACGUGAUACAAUCUAUGAAUUAUUUUCAAUUCUAAGUUUCAGAUAAAACAUAAAACGUCAAAAUCAGCAUAUACCACUCCUUUGGAAUUUGGGUAAAAAUUUAUACAACCAUAUAUAUAUAGUCAUUUUUGUAUUUUUUCUAUGUUGUGAAAACCAAAAUUGUAAUUUUAUAAGUCUUUGAUUCACUAAAAUUCUAUAAUUUAAAUGGAUUUUUUGUAUAUUUAGAAAUAAGCAUUCAAAGACUAUGCUAAACUUUCUAUGCAUGCAUUUGGAAGCUGUUUUUACCUGAUAAUGUUAACAUACUAAUAAGUUGUAUUCAUAAAAUACUGAUCUGUGUUGCAUUUCAGAAUAAACUGGUGCGUGCUCUGCCUGGAUCUGAAAUACUGACCAGUU